AUGUCUCCCAAAGGGAAGAAUGUGCCAUGUGAAGGGUGCCGUGAACGUAAAAAAAAGUGCAGCUCUGGACAGCCAUGUGAACGGUGUAAACGACUCGGGAUCGAAUGUCAUUACUUGAAGCCAGCUGCACCACCCGAUCUAGAAUAUGUGGACUUGGUCAACAGCCACGAGUUGGAAGCGAAUGUGGAUGAACUUGAACGAUUGAUGACUGAUAUGGAGGGUGAACUGUUACGAGUUCAGCAACAUGGAUUUGAUACAGCAAACAUCAUGAAUGGAUCGAGUGAUGAUAGUAUACCACCCGCAAUGACAACGGAUAGUCCAUUUUCAAGUGCAUCGACCCCCACAUCAGAUGGUGUAGCCAGCCCACCGGAGCUUUCAGUUAUCAGAUCAAGACAACAACCAACCACUGAAAAGACGUUCUCACCGAAUUGGAAAGUGACAUUGGGAAAAUACGGCUUCUCCAUCGAAACCGAUAUUCGCUCUUAUGACGAUCUACUCCAACAAGUACAAUUAUUCAGUACAACCAUCUCAAUACCUUUGUUGAAGCAACCAUCAUCAACCGAUCCACAGCUCAUUCCUCGUUAUACGUUACCGACAUUAUUACGACGAGCUCAUUAUCAAGCAUCAAAACGAUGUAUGCUACUCAGUGAAGACCAAUCACCAUCACCAUCAUCCAUCAUCAUCAACAAUGAUCUAGUAAACGCGAUCAAUUACAACCUUGCCACCCAUUUACUCGAAGCCUAUUUCUCAUGUCAAUUCUAUCGCACCAUUAUCCUUCAUCGCAACACAUUUUACUCCUUGUUUGUCACCAAUAAGGAUUUGUAUUCUUCAUCAGUGGUAUCGUCGUUUUGUGCAGCUAUUCUUACAUUGCGAUGUCGUCAUGUGCAAUCGACCAUUCCUUAUGAACAACAGCGACAACUACAAAACCUGUAUUACAGCCGAGCUCAUGAUCUGAUCGAACAAUCGUUUGAUGAACCUACACUUGACACCUUUAUGACCUAUUUAUUCAUGGCAUAUUAUCACAGCAAUCUCACACGACCAAAAGAAGCACGACAAUAUUUGGAUUUUGGAUUACGGAUACGAGAACUCAUUGAUGAUCGAUACAUGUCACCUGAUUGCGACAACAAUGAGCGAGAGUUAUACAAACGACUCCAUGUUCUGAUAUCCAUCAUUGCCAGGAAAAUCGAAUUUCUCAACAAUCAACGAGGAAUUCCUUUGAAAGUGAAGCGACCCAUACGAGUGAUGAAUGUUGAAGUAUGCAAGAGGAUACGAUCAGCAAGAUAUCAGGCAACACCAUUACCCGGUGAAUCAUUCCAUGUUGAACGGGCCAUUAUGAAAGACAAGUUUGGUGCUGGUAUCAAUAAGAUCUUGGGUCCUUACUUGAAUCACACACGCUUAUCGCAAGAUCCUGUCCCGCUUUCUUUGCUUGUGAAAACUGAAUCAGCAUUGAAUCAAUAUUGUUUCAAGGACAUACCUACCACCUAUCGCUUAUCACUCAACAUAUUUGAAAACGACAUUUCCGAUAGCGAAUUUCGACAUCGACUCAACAAUGAUAAAAGCACUGAUCCAUCGACGGUCACGCUCGCCAUUCGAUAUUAUCAAGCUCUCAUUACAAUUCAUGAGCCUUUUCUUCCCACGCUCCCGCCUGAAUUCCGUACCAACGCCUUUGACACUGAAGAAGUGACACCUUCCAUCAUUGAACCGCCAACAUUGGAAGCCGACAAACGAGAUCGAUUUACCAUGCGAGCACUUGAAGUAUGCUAUCGUUCAGCUGUUAUCAUCACUCGACUCUUUGAAUAUCUCGUCUUGCAAGAGAGCAUUUGUUGUGAGACCUUGAUGCCACUUUUAUUGUCUGCAUGGGAUAUCCACGUGCGCAAUGCAUGUUUAGGAUUUGCAGAUCCUGAAAAGGCACAAAAGCAUGUUCCUAUUCGAGUUGUCAAGGCAUCACGCGAUUAUGUCAUGAGGUGCAUCUGUGUGCUACGCAAAGGAUAUUGUUACAAUGCAGCCGAUCGGGCCAUGUGGGAACAUCAUCAAAAUAUGGAGAACGAGUUAUUGCAGGCAUUGUUCGCCACACGUCCAUACACUGCCGAAUACUGGGAUCCUUGGUCAUCCACAGCCGCUUGGUAG